UGUCACUGGUUUCACCGGUCAUAAACUGAACAGCACACAGGAUUACUACAUUUUUCCUCUAAAACUGAAAAACAGGUAAGAGUUAUGCAAUACUAAUUUUACUAUCUUGAAGUAAAUGUUCUGUAUCUGACUGAGAAGUAUCGAUUGAAAAGGAGCAACAAGUGAGCUGGCAAAGAGUCAACCUACAGUUAUCUACAAUUCACGUUGCCAACAGCAUGAAUAAGACCUGUACUAUGGGUAGUUCAAUGCAGUCCUUCACAAACUCGUGCUACCUUUAAAUUCAAGUUGAGGGCUUUCCUCUCCUCAGCUCUCCUCUCCUUAAUUUGUCAAAAUAUUGGAUAAGUGGAAGCAAUAUGGGAAAGACCCACCCAAGAGAUUUGCUUUCACCGGUGGUUCUUCGAGAUCAGUCCACUAAAGGUGAGGAAUAAGGCUAGGAGCCUAAAGUUCUGUUCUCAUUAUAACAAUUAUUUGGACAGUUCCAAAUUAGUGAGAUUUUUCAGUUAGGGAGUGAACGUUAUUUAUAAUAAGGUUCACAUGGAGAAAAUCGGACCUCUCUGAACUGAAAAUGGAUGGCCCUCCCUUCAGCAAAAUAUAGUUUACCUAAACCCUAUCGGAACGCUAAAAAACAAAGAGAAAAACCAAGAAGAAGACCCUCUCCUAUACCCAAAAUAAUAAUGAAAACAAAGUGGAUAGCGUUUACCCGCACUUCUUGGAGAGACCAGAAAGAGCCUUAGAUAUGCCGUUUUAGAAGCUGUUCUUCGUCCUGUAGCCUACAUGGCACAGCCGGAAUUUUGAUAGCACAUAGGGCUGCGGAUCAGAAGGUUGUGGGUUCGCAGACCACCGUGGACAUGAGUAGGGGUGGAAAGAUAUCCUUUAUAGUAAAAGCAUUGCAUGAAUCGAUCAUCGUAUUUGCAGGUCCGAGAGAAAAUAGCCGUUUAUAAACAUUACAUGCAAUUCUACUUAAUUUUAUAUAUUAGAGAAAUAUAUUUUUUUAACCACACAAAUUACCGAAAUUACAGGCUAAGAAUCGACAGAGAAAUAGGCCUAUGUGUUCAUCUUAUCAUAUUUCUCCAAUGCCAAAUCAGUGUGUCUUGUUUGCAACGAAACUGUCCCUUUGCAAAUAAUUCAAUCUGAGACGUCAUUAGGAAUCUGAGCAUUGUACUUUCAAAAGUUAGGCCUACCUUUCUAACCCAGACAGAGUAGGCCUACCGACGCAGAAAAGUGUCAGCUUUAACCGCUGGCUACUCUUCUUCCGUGGCAUUACCCAACAAGCGAAGGUCACAACUGUUUCCCUAAAAGCUGUCUGGGUUUAAACAUCUUCUAUUGUACAGAAAGUGAAUAGCUUAAUCAAUUGAUAGUGACAGAAUUAGAUUACUUCCCAAGCAAAGUCAGCCUCUGAAGGUCAACGAAACGAAACAAUGAUAUCCCCAUAUGCAUCUGAGUCACGUUUUCCCCGGGUAUUUUACAGCUUGUUUCUAGCAUAAAGCAUCACGGACCAAAGCGCUAUUAUAGAUCACUUUAUGUAAUCGGAUACAUUUGAUUUUCUUCAAAAUCAUUUGCCAUUUUCUUUAAUAAAAGGUAGGCAUGUGGCAUAUCCUCUCAUACCCCUCAAUUCGAGUCUUAGUUUUAAUUUAACAGCCCUUCACUGACACAGGCUAUUUAAAGAUUGCAUGGUGUGUGGAAGAAUUGACAGACAAAUCUACGGAUAUAGCAGCCUAUAGCCUAAACAUGUAGGCCUACCUCUUAUUUCUUAAAUAGGAAUUAUUUUUAUUUUUAUUUUACCUUAAUUUACCUAGGCAAGUCAGUUAAGAACAAAUUCUUAUUUACACCGGCCAAACCCGGACGACGCUGGGCCAAUUGUGCGCCGCCCUAUGGGCCUCCCAAUGGGCCUCCCAAUCACCGCCGGUUGUGAUACAGCCUGGAAUCGAACCAGGGGCAAGCACUGAGAUGCAGUGCCUUAGACCGGCUCCAACACAAAUAACUCUUGUUGUUAUUAAAGUCUAAUUAAAAUGAAGAUGGUUGAAUUGAAUUAUGUCUAAGCCUACUCUCAGCACCAUGAGCUGUCCAUUUCUGAUUGAUUAUGCCACGGCUACAAGUUUCAACCCCACAAUGUAAAUUCCUCGAAUCCGGCUGUUGUGAGGUCAAUAACUCUGAUAAGUACACCAUGGGCAAGAAACAUAUUGUUUUUAAUAAAAUCAAUUAGGCUAUAGUAGUAGCAAGCAAUCAAAGUUGACCUCCGGUCCUCCUUCUCAUCUUCUUCGUGCUCUCCUUCUCAAACCGAACAGAGCAUAGGCUAUAGCAGGGUUCCCCAACUGGCGGACCGUGGGCCGAAUUUGCCCCGCUGGUGGUUUUAUUUGCCCCCCUCCUCCAUGUUUUCGGAGAAAAAAUAAUCAUAUAUAUAUAUAUAUAGCCUAUAUAUAUACAGUACCAGUCAAAAGUUUGGACACACCUACUCAUUCAAGGGUUUUUCUUUAUUUUUACUAUUUUCUACAUUGUAGAAUAAUAGUGAACACAUCAAAACUAUGAAAUAACACAUAUGGAAUCAUGUAGUAACCAAAAAAGUGUUAAACAAAUCAAAAUAGAUUUGAGAUUAACCCUUGAAUGAGUAGGUGCGUCCAAACCUUUGACUGGUACUGUAUAUAAUUUUUCUACUCUAUAUAUAUAAAUAUAUAUAUAUUUUUUGCAUUUCAUUGUUGGACAUGUAAAAAUUUAAAAAUACCAGGAAAUCAGCUCCAAGUAAUUUUAAUUUGGGAAAUCUGUUCCCAAGUAGUUCUAUGCAUAUUAAAGAGACACAUGAUCAUAUACAAAUGUAAGCAAGGUUUGAAAUUAUUAUGUUUUAGUCAAAUAUUAUAUAUGUUUGGGCUUCUUGCAGUCAAUUUGCAGUCUACAAAUUAUUUAUAAUUAUGUUCUGGACCCCCGACCAUCCGCUCAAUAAUAAAUCGGCCCGCAGCUGAAUCUAGUUGAUGAUCCCUGGGCUGUAGGCUAGUCCGCACGCAAGAUAGUGAAUUUUUUGGACUAGACCUAAUCAAAAAUUAUUUUGACUCUCCUCGUGAACUGCCACUUAGCCCUACACAGUAUUAGUUAAGCAGCACACAAAACAGUUUUUGCUCAGCAAGAGCAGAGCAGGCCUGGACUCAGGGUUUGAAUAUCCAUUGCUGUGUGUAAUGCUGCCUAGUUUUAUUUACACCAUCCCAGCAGCUAUCUUACUAAUAUAACUUUGCUCUGUGCAUCUCCGAGCAUGCACUUUGUAGCCUAUAGCCUAUGUAUCGUUUGAUUGAGAACACACUAAACAGCCUUUAGUCGCUAUUGAUAUUGAGCACCCAGCAGAGAAUCAGAGAUGAGGGGCAGCAUCGGGCACACAUCGAUAUGUAGCCUAAUAAGAAACUCCUUCUAAAACACUGAGAAAUAUUGAAAUGUAAUUAAUUACAAAUUACAUGACCCUUCCCCUGGACUAGAUUUAAAGAAUACUAACCCCUCCCCUUGACUGAAAUUGAAGAAGCAUGACCCUCCCCCAUUUUCCUACUGCAAAAACAGGUUUUUCAAGAGGCCCAAUAAUCACCUCUGUAGCCUAGUUAUAAUGUAAUAAUAGUUUUCAUAGUGGUCUAACAUUAAUUACUGAUUAAAAUACUUGGGCAGCUUAUAGCUUACAGCUUAUAGCCAAAUCGGUUAGUUGCAAAAUAUCUGAAGGCUCUAGAAGGCCCUAGAAUGUAAGAGAACAUGAUGCCAUGGGCUAAGAAAAGUAAAGUAGUAUUGGUGUUAUUCUUUAGGCUAAGUCAAGUAUAUAGAGGGCUUAACUUUAUCUGCUGUUUGUCUUUCCUUUGACCACCUUUGGCUGAAGGGGAGAUAACAUGUUGGCCCAUUAAACAUUGGUGUGGGUCGACCCACACAGAUCUAUGCACACACACUUUUGGUUAAAAGACCGACAAGACAGACAAGUCAGAGAAGAUAAGACAGCACUGCAGCAUAGGUUAAGACCGUUGGGAUGGAUGAGUUGCCAAUGACAUAGGCUAUUCACCAAUGACAUCAAGGGAUGGCAUUGCUCAUUAAUUCAUUGAGAAAAGGCUAACUGGAUAUGUGGAGCGUCAAUAAAGGCGGUGAGUGAAACAGGUUUAUGUGUGUGUGAAUACAUUAUUGUUGUGUAAUUGAAGGUGUGCUAAAUAGCACUGCAACAUUGAUUAGGAUCCUUGAUACAAAGUAACUGUUGCGUUGAUAUAGCAGGCAGCGUGUCCUGAAAAGCUACAUUGAUUCCAAUGUAAGCAGCAACAACAAGUAGCAACAACUUUCAUCAUAACAUUGCCUGAAACGAGAAUAGUUAGCAAGUUACAACUAUGUACCUAACAUAUGAAAUUGAUAAAGGAUACUUUGUAUUGAGAUUUUGCCACAUAAUCCACAGGUAACUAACUAUAAAUCAGUGAUUAAUUUACCGCUUUACAAAGAAGUCUUGCUUGCACAGUUAUUGCAGACUCGAAGAACGUGCACGUUCACGCCAACAAUGCGCGUUCACAUAUACCCACAGUUACCAAAGAGGGUUAGCUACAGUGGGGAGAGGGACUGUCUCAGAAAGUCACACGUAAACUGCUCUUCAUAAAUCAGCUAAUCCUAGCCUAUAUAUGUCAAACUUUUACAAUAUUAAUAUUAAUAUAUUAACCUUAUACAUAAUAAUAACAUUUGCAUUAUUAACUAUGUAUUUAUUUUCUUCCCAAUCACAAGCAUAGUUUACUUUACUUUUCUAUGAACUUCCAGAUACCUUUUCUAAAAGUUCUCUAUUGCCCCCUUCCCUACAGCAUCCCCUGCUCCAACCAUGACAGUGUGGGGGUCCAGAGUAAAGCGCUACAUGGGGCCUAACGUCUACACGGCUCCACCAGACGGCGGCUGGGGCUGGGUGGUGGCGGUCUCCUUCUUCCUGGUGGAAGUGUUCACCUACGGAGUCAUCAAGAGCUUUGGCAUCUUCCUCCAGGACCUGAUGGGGGAGUUCGGGGAGAGCAACAGCCGAGUCUCUUGGAUCAUCUCCAUCUGCGUCUUCACUUUGAGCUUCACUGGUGAGACUGGGGAUGGGGGAUGAGAGGGUCUAGGGCAGGGGUUCUUAAACUUUUUCAGCUGAAGACCCAAAUGAGGAAUUGACUGUCCUCCCGUGAGCCAAAUGGUUCUCCAAAUUAAGAAGAAAUAGUGUGUGAUUAUAGAUGUAUUCUCAUAACUUGCGACCCACCUCUCACAUGCCCAGGGCCCACUUUGGGUCCAGACCCAUAGUUUAAGAAACCCUAGUCUAGGGCAAUUCUGGUUCUGAAGAGCUGUUGAGUGUGAAGGCUUGGGUUACUGGCCCAGACUGCAUGACCUCAUAAUAAUGUUUUUAGGGCGAUAUUAACUGAAAAAGUUCAGAUGCUCUAUAGUGUGCCAUAUCUUAGUGCUAACAAGAGAUACCUAUCCCCUCUCUCCUCACAGCUCCUCUUGCUUCUGUAAUGACCAACCGAUUUGGGUUCCGGCCAGUUGUUAUGAUUGGUGGACUCCUCGUCUCCAUAGGAACCAUCGCCAGUGGCUUCACCAACUCCAUCAACGAGAUGUACAUCACCAUCGGACUCGUUGCAGGUAUGACAAACAAACACACACACACACGAUUGACCAUCACAACUGUCACAGUGGCACCAGUGUUGUCACCAGUGUAUGUGCGUGUGUGUCCUCUCCCCUCCACAGGUCUGGGGUACAGUCUGACCUUCCUGCCCACCGUCACCCUCCUGUCUCAGUACUUCUCCCAGCGACGCUCCCUGGUCACAGCUGUUGCCUCCACGGGAGAGUCCAUCUCUGUGUUCGCCCUCGCCCCAGGUAAGAGGUCACAGGGGGACUAAAAACUUCUGCUUACUAGCAAAGUUUCUCUUUAAAAAAGGCAAUGUUUCAGUUUACCAACCUUCCCAUUACCUUAAUCUCACUUUUCUCAAUUGCUUUUUCUUUUCAAAUUAACCCACAUUUAAUUUUAGGUUGGAUUGCAAACCCUGACCACUAUAGUCUUGUAUUUAAAAUACUCUCCUCUCUGUUCUCCCCCCUCUGCUCCUCAGCGUUCUCUGCUCUGAGGGACUGUAUCGGCUGGCGUUACACCCUGGUGGUGAUCGGAGCUCUGCAGGGCAUCAUCAUCAUCUGUGGUGUUUUGCUAAGACCCAUCAUCAUCAGACCUGGACCAGCCACGGAAACAGAGACAGGUGGACUGGCUGACAAAGAGCUGAAGGCUCUGGAUACUCUGAACACACAGGAGGAGUCCUACAGUAAGGAGAGAUUGUACACUAAGGACAGUUCAUAUGCUAAGGAUAGCUCUUACACACCGCAGAGUUCCUACUUUCAGGAUAACAAGCUGACUCAUUGUUACUCCCUGAGCUCUGGAGAGUCUGAGGACUCUGGGGUCCAGUCCCUCCAUCACCAGGUCCUGGACGAUGGUAGCAAGGCAGGGGAGGAUAUUCCUCUGAAGGGGAAAGAGGAGAAGGGAGAAAAGGGGGAAAAAGAGGGAAGAGAGAAGAAGGAGGCGUCUUCACAGCGGUGCUUAGGAAGCAAGAAGGAGAUGGAGAAGGACGAGGAGCAGACACAGACAGUAUCCGCCCAGAAGCACAAACUCCUUGACUUCUCUGUGCUGAGAGAAGGCAGCUUCAUUUGCUACGCUCUCUUCGGCCUCUUCGCCACUUUGGGUUUCUUCGCCCCUCAGCUCUACAUCAUCGAGCUGAGCGUGAGCCGCGGCGUGGAGCGCGACCGCGCCGCCUACAUGCUUUCCACCAUGGCCAUUGCUGAGAUCUUCGGCCGCCUCUCCAUUGGUUGGGUGCUAGGCAGGAAGCUGUUUAGAGGCAGGAAGCCCCUGGUGCUGCUGGGAUGUGUAGUCCUGCUGUGCCUGGUGCUGGUGGCCUUUACCCUGGUGUGGGAGUUCUGGGGCCUGGCGAUGUGUUGUGGGUUCUAUGGUUUUUUUAUGGGCACUGUGUCAUCAACGCAUAUACCCAUGCUGGCAGAGAAAGAUGUGGUGGGCAUAGAGAGGAUGUCGUCAGCCGUGGGGGUCUAUGUGUUUAUACAGAGCUUUGCUGGGCUGGCCGGACCACCUCUUGGAGGUAAGUGAUGCAUUCAGGUCUCACAUUUAUUCACAGCUCUCUGUCAUGUCAUGUCUCUUUUGCUCUCUCUCUCUCACUGAUGAUAGAUUUACCAUCAGUUUUAUUUUCAUUAUCAUCAAAGGAAAUAACUUGAUUCAUUUGUGCAUAAUUUUAAUGAAUGAUUUUGUUUAACUUGUAAAAAUGUUAUUGUACUCUCUCAGGUGUUUUGGUGGACCUGACUCUGAACUACGGCUCAGCGUUUUACUCCUGUGCGGUGGGUAUGGGUCUGGGAGCUGUGUUCCUUGGACUGAUACGACCAGCCAAGAGAGGCCUGCCCUGCUGCAGCAGGAGGGGGCAUCAGAACUGCCCAGAACCCCUGCAGGUUGGGCUGGGGAACCCUGUACCUCAGCGAGAGGGGAAGGAGGCCUUGGACAGAAACAGUCUUCAGGACUUCCUAGAAGUCGACCUUGAUUUGGACCAGAAACAUGAAAUCGUUACUGAAAAAGGCCAACCAAUGACAAUCUCUACUUGA